AUGGCCUCGAACAACCGCAUGGAGGGGGUCGACUCGGCCUCAAAUGAGUACUCGGUGCGACGUGUCAAAAACACGUUGUCUGUCGUCUCUGCCCUGGGGAGCGCAGUCGGACGCCGCCACGCGAACCCUCGUGACUGCGCCGAGGCGCUUCUGGAUGGCGAGCGCACCAGCGGUGUGACCACCGUCUACCUGAGCGGGGACCCCGCGCGGCCGCUGCAGGUCUACUGUGACAUGGAGACCGACGGGGGCGGAUGGAUCGUCCUGCAGAGGAGACAGAACGGGAAGACCAACUUCAUGCGCGGUUGGAAGGAGUACGAGAAGGGAUUCGGGGAACUCACGGACGAGUUCUGGUUCGGGCUGCGCGACGUGCACGCGCUGACGUCCCAGGGGCGCUACGAGCUGCGUGUGGACCUGCGCAGCGGCGCCGAGUCCGUGUUCGCCACCUACGACAGCUUCUCGGUGGGCGAGCCGGGAGGCCUCUACAAGAUCCGCGUGGGGCAGUACGCCGGCACCGCCGGCGACUCCAUGACGUACCACCAGGGCCGCCCCUUCUCUACGCACGACCGCGACAACGACAUCGCCAUCACCAACUGCGCCGUCUCCUACAAGGGCGCCUGGUGGUACAAGAAUUGCCACCGCGCCAACCUCAACGGCCGCUACGGUGACAACAGUCACAGCCAGGGUGUGAACUGGUACCACUGGAAGGGCCAUGAGCAUUCCGUGGACUUUGCCGAGAUGAAGGUUCGGCCUCACGACUUCAAACUCUCGCUCAACCGAGUGCAGCGCUCCGGGGGGGCUCAGUGAGCCCCCCGGGACCCCAUCGCCCCCCCCCCCCACCCACCACCACCCCCUCCCAGUACGAGAGAUUCACAUGCCCUUUAAGUAAUAAUGUCAAUAAUGAUAUUGAUGGUGAUGAUGAUGGUGAUGAUGGUGGUACGGGCAGGGAGGGGGUGAGGAGCUAUUAGCACCACUGGCGGUGGUGUUCCACAUCGCGAGGGGGUGUGCAGAGGGGGGGG